AUGGAGGGGGAUUGCCUGGCGGCGAAGGUUUGCGACGGAGGGCUGCCACCUCAGCGAUGGCGGCCCACGGGACUCAGGGAGGCCGAGAGCGCCGCUCUCGGCCCCACGGCGGCGCGGCGCGCGGCCCGCGCCAGGCGCAUGGCUGCGGUGGUUGCGGGGUGCCGCGCGGGGCCGUGGCCACCUGGGUCGUGGCAAGACCGCGAGCAGGCUGCGCGCCCGGCGCUGCGCAGUGCUGCGGCGGGUCUGCGGGUCGCGGGACGGCCGCGCAGGCGGCGCAACGCGGCUUGGCAUGCUGCCGACCCCCCACCGCGAGGGUUCGCGCGGGCGACCGACGAGGAGCUGGAGGCUUCUGCGGCGGGCCCGCGGCUGCCGGCCUUCGCGGGCCAGGGUGGCCCCCUGCCGGCGCCAGCCCGUGGCGGAGACGGCGAUGCUGUUUUUGGCGAGGGCGGUGACGGAGACCAUGCGCCUGGUGACUGGCGGCCUCGGGACUUCCAGUCGGAGGCCACCGCCUUCGGCUUCGGGUUGAUGGCGGGCUGGCGGCUCGCGGGCGGGGACAUGGUCAAGUUCCAGUGCGACGGUGACGGGACCGAGAGCGGCGUCUCGGUGGAGCCCGUCGUCGACGUGGCAGGCGAGUCGGAGGCCGUCGUAGUCGACGUGAGGCUGGUUGUGCCGUUCCAGCCUGCGGCGGAGAUCGACGGCGACGGCUCCCACGUGCCUGAGAGCGUCGACAGUGGCGAGGAGCCCCUCGCUGAGCUCGGCGCGGUGUCGGAGGUCGACGUCGAGGACUUCUUCGACAAGAUGCUCACGGCCUCGGGCCCCGAGGGAGGCGCGCAGAGCGUCAGCAUGGAGGACGUGGUGCGCCAGAUCGAUAGCGACGGCAUGGACGUCGACCGCGUGCACGCCUUCAUGAGCUCCACGCGUUUCCGCCAGUGCUUCCGCGUGAUGGGCGUGCGCAUCUACCGCGUCGUCGUCGGUGGCACUGGCCUCUCGGCAGCCGCUGAGGCUCGGUGGCGCGCGCUCUCGGGCGCUCUCUAG